AUGUCCUCCGGACCAUCGGGUAACGGAAUGGGCCUCACAUCAUUUCUUCAUCCAAUUGGACCACUGCCGCCAAGGGUAAUUAUUUUAGGAAUAAUUUUCGAAAAAUGAUGUAAUAAUUUUUUAAUUGUUCUAUUAUCUUUUUUUUUCUAGGAAUUCAAAAUGGAAAAUGGUCAAGGAAACGGGGCAUAUUACCUAUCGCAUAACAUGUUUGUAACUGAAGGUUAUAAACAGAAAUAUGAGUAAGUAUUCGAAACUCGUCAACACAUUAGAGAAUAUGUAUAUAUACGAAUUGCUACAGAUUUCAACGGGUCCCAAUGAUUUGCUCAUGUUUAUUAAUAAUAAUCAUAAAAAAUAAAACAAAUUGCACAUUUAUUUUAAACAAACUUUUCGUUUUGACGGUUCCAUGUGCCGUUUUUUAUCUUUUUAAGAAUGUUACCCACAUUUAUUUGUUUGCUUAAUCCAACCGUUUCAGCGCCGCGUCUUCUUUCGAAGCGAUUUUGGAUAGUAUUGAUCAGAAAUUAGAACAUAAAUAUGAUAUCAAAUGUUGUUCGGAAGAACAUGAUGAAAAACAAACACAUCUCACUGGACUUGGUAAGAUUUGGCUUCGCGAAUUUCAGAUUUGUGUUCAAUUCAAUUUGAAAUAUUUUAGCCGAGACGCUGGGACAAUUACGGAAUGAAAAGCAAAAUGGAGUGCAUGAGAGGAAAGAUCGAAUUGUUCUUGAUCAAUGGGGACAACCGAUUCGACCCGAUGAGAAACUUCCACUUUGUCGGAUAGCAGAAGUUCAGCAAACGGUUGUAUUAGCCGAUCAACAAGAUGGAUUUGAUCUUCCACUUCUGCCAAAUGUUCCAACGGAUGUUCGAGUUGUUCGAAAAAUGGUUAGGCAGAAGAUGAUUCGAUGUAAACGAUGCAAGAAUAGGUUUAUUGAGAAAAAUAUUUAUGAACGACAUUUGCGUGAUAAACAUCCAGCUGAUUAUGAAGAUUAUAUUCGAGAACAAGAGGAAGAGGUUGAACUUCAACGAUUGGAAGAAAUGGAGGCAAAUCGGAUUGAAGAAAUUCAAACAGGAGGAUUUAUUCCGCCUGAAAAUCAAGUUGAAGAUAUUUCAGAUGUGAAUGCUGAUUCGUGAGUUUUCUUUUUAUUUUCAGAGCUCUGAUAUGGAUAAACAAAUAUUUUUUUUAGAAUCCCACUUCCUGGCGAGAACAAUUGUGGAGUAGUUCCAAUAUUUGAUAAUUAUGGUCGGAUCAAGCAUAUCAAACGGCCAUAUAAGAAAAAAGUAUCACCACAAUGUCCAUUUUGUGACAAACGUUUUCGAAAUGAAUUCUCACUCAAAAAGCAUUUCUCAAAGAAGCACGAAGAGAUGGUCGAAUUCCAGCAAUGUACAACAUGUUUUAAAUGUGUUGAAAAUGACGAGGAAAUGAAAUCACAUUUAUGUGAAUUGACUUAUGUUUGCUUCGAAUGCACACCAAUUAGAAAUCUUUGCACGGAUAUUCGUCUUCUCAAUCAUCGCAAAAAGUUUCAUCGUGGUGCAAAUUCCGGAUUCAAAUGCUCAUUCUGUAAUAUGAAGUUCUUGACACCAAGAAAAUUGCGUAAACACAAGAAAAUGGCUCACGUUUUCACGAAAACCUAUCAAUGUCAUUUUUGUGAGGAGAUAUUCAUCAGUGAAGUUGGUGUUAUGACACAUGAAAGAACUCAUACUGGAAUCAUUAAAUUUGAGUGCAAAGUUUGCGAUUAUCGAGCAAAUCGAUAUAUACAAAUGGAGGUAAGCUUAGAUCCCUUUCUCUCAAUUCUCUAGAAAACGAAAAUUUAAUUUGCUUUCAUCCGAAUUCGUCACGAAACAAAAAUUUCAUCAAUUUUUAAGUCAUCUUCUUGUUUCAUCUAGAAGAGUUCAAAAAUACAAUGUACUUUUUUUUGCAGGAGCACACAAAAAAUGAGCACGGUUAUAUUUGCUCAAUUUGUCAAGAGAAAGUUGCUGAAUGGUCCGAUCUUAAACAUCAUACAUUAGCUGUUCAUGGUGGAUAUCUUGCAUCUGAUCAUGUGUCAGGUAAGAAUUCUUAAUUUCUCCAGACUUCGCCUAACUUAUCCAUAUAUUUUUCAGCUCAUAUCGAUAGUCCACGUCUUUGGGUGUUGUACAAAGGCGAAUAA